CCUGCCUACGUAUACCGUACGUCGUCUACUACUACGCUACAACUCGAACAGUUAGGAGUAUCCCUAGCUAGCUAAGGGACCGGCGACCGUCCGUCCUCGUCGUUGGUAAGUACAUAUGCGGGUCACCGGCGGGCAGGCUCUGGGGGAGGAGGCGGCCGGCGUGGUGCGGCUGGCGGCGAGCCUUGCGGCGCAGCGUGGGCACACGCAGGUCACCCCGCUCCACAUCGUCAGCGCAAUGCUCUCCGACCCGGCCCCGGCACCUCUAGGCAUCCUCCGCGCCGCCUGUGUGAGGUCCCAGUCCCACCCCAUGCAGGACAAUGUGCUCGACCUCUGCCUGGACCUCGCGCUCGCCCGCCUCGCCGUGACCCGCCAUGUCCACGGUGGCGACCCGGCGCCGUCGAACGCGUACGUGGCCGCACUGAGGCGGGCGGAGGCACGCCCGCGCAGCAGGGGCGAGGACAAGGUGGACCUCAAGCAGCUCGUCGUCUCGGUCCUCGACGACCCCAGCGUCGACCGCGUCUUGCGCGCGGCGGGUUUCUCAAGCUCCCAGGUCAGGGCCAGCGUCGAGAGCGUCGCCGCUUCGUCGGAGCAAUCAAGCAGGACAGGUCGCGACGUCGUCGUCCCGAGUUUUCCAAAUCCAGUUCCCCACAUGAUUAGGGCUGGAGGAGGAAAACCAUCUCUCCAUACCGUCCAGGACGGAAGUGAGUGUCCAGCUAGCAAAGCAAAGUCAGGAGCAGAGCGACCACUAAUCUUUACCAGCAUCCAGCUAGACAAAACGACGGCGAGCAUUCCUCCGUGGCUCCGCGCCUACAAACAUGAAACUGGCAUCAGAUUAACCUACAACGGCACCAGUCUUGAAGCAAACGCUGCUCGUCGCCGGCCGAAGUUCACGGAGCUCAGCGCAACAAAUCUGAAGAUCUUCUGUGACGUGCUCGAGCUGCGCGUUCCGUGGCAUGGGUGCAUCGUCCCCGGCAUAUCGAGCACGGUGCUCCGGUGCCGAUCUGGUGUGGCGAGGAAGAGGGCAGGGGAUAGGCCUUCUGGUUUGCCGUCGUGGACGACAGCGACCUGGCUGCUCUUUCUAGGAAGGGACGCUGGUAGCAAGAUGGUUGUUGCUCGGGAGCUCGCGAGGCUCGUCUUCGGCUCAUACACUGAGUUCACCGUCCUGCGGGUGCAGGGUGACGCCGAUAUUCCCGCACGCAGCGGCAAGCUCGCCCUCAAGAGGCAGCGAUCCCCGGACAACGGCAAUGGUGGCGACCUCGGGGCGAGGCUGUUCAAAGCUGUCGGCGAGAACCCUCACCGCGUUAUAUGGAUCGACGGCGUCGACCGACUGGACCGCGACUCGGAGACACACAUCAAGAACGCCGUCGCUGGGGGAGGAAUGGUGAGGGGAUGCAACGGGGACGUGGUGGGCCUGGAGGAUGCCAUCGUAGUGCUGAGCGCCUCUGACGUCUUGGAGUCGAAGUACGUGGCUCCAUCUUCCUCCCCGAGGGUCAAGCGACACUUUUGCGGACAGAACCGUGAGGAAGGUGACACCGCGUUGAUGGAAGCGAGGUCUCGUCGUCGGCAUGGCUGGGAUUUGAACGUUUGUGCGGUGGACGAGGAAGAGGAGGACGAAGACAGUUUGGCUUAUGACGAGGGAAUCAUGAACGCCGUGGAUGGUGUUUUCCUUUUCAACUAGCAGAUAGUAUUAUUUUUCUCGUACCAUUAGGCAUUUCGAACGGCUUUGAAUUGUUAGAUUUCGCCUUCAGAAUUUAUUGUUUCGAAUUAAUGAGAUUUUUUUCCGGCUCCCCAUUUUUAUUUCAGAAAACCGGUAACAUAACA